CCGCCAAAAAGGAGGAAAAGAAGAAGAAAAAAUACAAAAUACAAAACAGAGCUACCAAAGCUAUGGAGUUUUUGAACCUAUGGAGAGCGGAGCUUCUCCUUUCUAUGUCCUCACAACGUCUGAGACCCUAACAUCUGAAGCAUAUUAAGCAGCGACGUUGUCCGGCAAAGCUCUGAACCGAUAAAACUGGGCCAACUUUUUCAAAAUCGAGAAAGAGAGGCAGAGAUGGAACAACCGCAGCUAGGUUGCAGUGGAGCAGAAGCAAUUCUAAAUCAACCACCCAGCUCUUCAAUUUCUAUUGCCUAUCACCCUUUGUUUGGUCCUCACGAUGAUCUGAUCCUCCUUGAGCUUGAUGAGAAACUUCUCCCAGAGGUCCUCCAACAAAGGAUAACCUUAAGAGGACAACCUGAUGAAGAUGCAGUUCUUUGCACCAAGUCAAAAACUUAUGCAGUGAAGUUUGUUGGGACUUCCAAUUCGGUAUUCCUUAUACCCCCUUCUGAUCAAUCAGAAUUUUGUGAAAAUUCUUUGGAUUGCAUUGGGAAAGAUCAUGAUCAACAAGUCGUUGCGUCUGUCAUCAAAGUUGCACCUGGUAACAUGGAGCUUGUUGAAGUUGCUCCAAGAGUUGACAAGCUUAAGUUGCUUCUCUCUGUGAAUCCUUAUAGAUUUGGGGAGGACAUUGAAAUGGAGGAUUUAGAAGAGACAGAGAAAAGUUAUACAGGACUGUAUAAAUGGGAUGAUCUCGUUGAACAGGUUCAAGCUAGUGAUGAGGAAUUGAGGUCGGCGUUAAAGGCUCUUUCAGCGGUAGAGAUCGAUGGUUAUUGGAGAAUUGUUGAUGAUAAGUACAUGGACACGAUUCUGAGCAUGCUCUUACACGAUUCGGUACUAAAUGAUUGGUCACUUGAUUUACUUAAUGAGGAUGAAGUAGUGAGUAUGCUGGAAUCAGAUGGGUUCCCUCAAAAACUUGCACGCCAUUGUUUGCACGUAUAUGGUACUAACGUGGAUGAGAAUGUGGACAAACGUGUGUGGAGGUUGGAUGAGAAGCGGGUAUGCGUACAUUUUGCAAGAGAAAUUCUGAAAGAAGGGAAGAGGAAAAUGGAUACUUUCAUGGUGAAGUGGAUGCAGAAGAUUCCAGAAGGGAUGCGAGCAAGUUUCGACAUGUUGGAAGGUGAAGUUUUGACGGAGAGGCUUGGUGUUGAGACAUGGGUUCGUGCCUUUAGUGUCUCUUCUCUGCCAUCUUCACCUGCUGAGCGUUUCUCCAUCCUUUUCAGAGAGCGGCCAAAAUGGGAAUGGAAGGAUUUACAGCCAUACAUCAGGGAUCUGAAAGUACCUGGUCUUUCUUCAGAAGGUUUGCUUCUCAAAUACACUCGAAGAACACAACCGACCUUGGAUGCAGAACCUGUUUUCAGUGCAAGAUAGUUUGGACAUGCUUCUUCGAUUGGUAUUUUUGGGUGUCCUCCAUUGUUUGAUUGGCUUGAAAGAAAAAUGGAGUUGGAAGUAAAACUUGAUUUAUCUCAAGUGAUUCAAGGUUGAGCUUUCUGAAUUUUCUUAUUCAGUAGGUUCCUGUUUAGUUUCUGCGCUGCGUAAUUGUCAUAUAUAUCGCAGUUGCAAGAACUAUUUGAAUCAACUGUUAUGUUUCGUUGAAUUAACCGUUGUGUUGGGGCCAAACAAAGACAAAUGAUCAUUAAAUAUAAAUGAUAUAGGGAGCCAUUUAUGUA